GCUCUCUCUCUCUCGGGCGCACGCGUUUAUAGAGAGAGAUUCUCCUCGUCAUCAUCACAGAACAGAACUUCUGUUUUUGAGAGAGACGAACAUGAGCGCGCAGACGAGACUCGUUUCUUUCAUAUUUAUUCUCGGUUUGAUCUGCUUCACGAGCAGCGCGCCGCCGACCUGUUACUCGCGCAUUCUGGAACUCAGCAAAGAAAUCAUGAAUACUUUGGACAAAAUACAUAAAUCUACUCGCACGAAAACAUGCGCCGAGCUUUUGCCAAAGAUGUUUCUAGACGUGCACAACUCCUGCAUCAGGUCUAAACUGAGGGACUUCUUGUAUGUGACGGAGAAUCUGCCGGAAUCCUGCAGAGAGAAGCCGCGCGUUCGGUUCGUAAAGCGGCGGGUCCAGAUCCUGUACUCCAUCAUCAGCCGCGCGUGUCAUCGGGAUCUGGUGUUUAUCACUGACGACUGCGAGUCUCUGGAAACAGGAAACAUCCGCCCUCGAUACACAGAGGACCGACUGCAACAACUCAUAGAGCACGACUGAGAUAAACACUUACAUAUGCCACACACACACACACACACACACACACACACACACACACAAAUGUUCAACAAGCACACU